GUCAUGGACCAGUGCUCGCGGCGGCUCCCUCGGCGCGGGGCGGGCCGCGCGGACGUGCGCCGCGCUGGCCGGGCUCGGCGAGCGCGGGCCAGCAGGGUGGAAUGUCGUCGAGCUCUCGAAGACGGCCGACGGCUGCCGGCGGGUGCAGGACGCCCUCGGCCUCGCCCCGCUGCACCAGAAGCGGAUCGUGGAGGAGCUGCGGGGACACGUCUGCGAGCUCCUGGGCUCUCCCCACGGCAACCACGUGGUGCAGCUGGCCGUGGUGCUGCUGCCGCCGGGGGCCGUGGACUUCGUCCGCAGCGAGAUCCUA